CUCUACCCUUUUGUCUCUUUUUUUUUUUUAAUCACACGUGUGAAUCUUAUGUACAAAUGUUGUUUUUCUCUUUCAGUUAGUUUGGUUAUUUGUUUCCUUUUUGUUUCUUCUUUCUUUCUUCUGUUUUGAGACUGAGAUCUGUUUGUGUUUCUUUUAUGAGGUUUAGUUUAGGGGUUGUUUGAAUUUUUAUGUUGAUUGAUUUGAUUACUAGUUUUCUUUGGCCUUGAAAAUAGGCUAAUAUUUGUUGGUUUGUUGUUUUUUAGGGCGAUUUGCAUAAUAUGAUUUACUUCCAAAGUUGGCAAGUUGCUUUUUGGAAACUUCUUCUGCAGUGAAUUCUAUAUUGACUUUCUCUGUUUCUCUUUCUGGACGGUUUUGUUUUCUAUUUUAAUGAGAUUCGUGUUUAGAAGUCAAAUAUACUUAAUAAUCUCAUUUGUCAUACCUGAAAUUGUGCUAGUUUAGCUGUACAAGGGCUUUGGUUUGUUUAAACAAUGUAUGAAAACAACUAAAUCAGUGCAGAGAACAUCUAGUUACUGAUCAAAAUGCUGGUAAAAAAAGAAUUUAAUUUUGUUUACAGGCAAACAUAACAAGUAAAUUACCAUGAACCAUGUAGUUGUCUUGGAAUUAGUCAUUAUGCUGAGUUUUUUUGGUGCUUAUGACUACCUGAAACUUGAUGGGGUUCUGGGAAUCAUUUUGCCUUCCAAUUAAGGUAAGGAAUUAUAGGAUCUAUGUUGUUCGGACUGAUACAAUUAGGUAUGUGAGGUUUUCUGGGGACUCAUCGUUACAAGAAUCAAAGUUUCCCAACAAAAGGAAGAUCCAGCUGGGAACUCUAUGUAUUGGGAAUAUUGGUUUUGUCUGGCAUUGUACUGCUUCCAGCUCUUCUACCUGUUGCUGCAACUGAUGAUGGUGUAAAGAAAAACUCAAAGACAACAAGCAAUGGGACUUUCAGUGACCUUGACAAGCUGUCAAUGGCAAAUAUUGAAGAGAAGAGUCCAAGGUUGUGGGCAUUCCUGAUAGCCACCUACUGGAUCUCUGUUGUCACCUAUUUCCUUUCCUGGAAGGCUUACAAACAUGUUUCUGCACUGAGAGCGAAUGCUUUAAUGUCUCCUGAAGUGAAACCUGAGCAAUUUGCUGUUCUUGUUAGAGACUUGCCGGAUGUCACUCAAGGUCAAACUAGAAAGGAGCAGGUUGAUUCAUAUUUUAAAUCUCUCUAUGCUGAGACAUUCUACAGAUCAAUGGUGGUCACAAACAACAAAGAGGUUGACAAAAUCUGGGGAGAGUUGGAAGGAUACAAAAAGAAGCUCGCACACGCAGAAGCAAUAUAUGCAGAGUCCCAGAAGAAAGGCAGCUCAGCAGGGACAAGGCCAACCAACAAAACUGGCUUCCUUGGUCUCUGUGGUAAAAAGGUUGACAGCAUAGAAUACUGCACUGAAAAGAUCAAUGAACUGACACAAAAAUUGGAAGCUGAACAAAAGGUGACCCUCCGGGAAAAGCAGCAACGAUCUGCGUUGGUUUUCUUUACCAGCCGGGUAACUGCAGCCUCUGCUGCUCAAAGUCUACAUGCCCAGAUGGUUGACAGAUGGACAGUUACGGAAGCUCCUGAACCUCGUCAACUUGUAUGGAGCAAUCUGCGUAUCAAGUUUUUUGAAAGGAUAAUACGACAAUAUAUUGUUUACAUUGUCGUGUUUCUGACUAUAGUUUUUUAUAUGAUUCCAAUUGGUUUUAUUUCUGCGCUCACAACCCUUGCGAAUCUGAAAAAAUAUCUCCCAUUCUUGAAGCCUAUUGUUAAACAGGAUGCAAUUAAGACAGUAUUGGAGGCAUAUCUUCCCCAGCUUGCACUCAUUAUAUUUUUGGCAUUAUUACCGAAGUUGCUUUUGUUUCUCUCUAAGACUGAGGGAAUUCCUUCUGGGAGCCACGUAGUAAGGGCUGCAUCUGGGAAAUAUUUUUAUUUCACUGUGUUAAAUGUUUUCAUUGGUGUUACUGUUGGUGGAACUUUGUUCAGUACAUUCAAGACCAUCGAGAAGCAUCCUAACAGGGUUUUUGAAUUGCUGGCAAAAAGCCUCCCAGGCAAUGCAACUUUCUUCCUGACAUUUGUGGCUCUGAAGUUCUUUGUCGGUUAUGGGCUUGAGCUUUCUCGAAUAGUUCCUCUGAUCAUAUAUCAUCUGAAGAGGAAAUAUCUUUGCAAGACUGAAGCCGAGUUAAAAGAUGCUUGGUUUCCUGGAGAUCUUGGCUAUGCCACUAGAUUUCCUGGUGACAUGCUUAUCCUCACCAUUGUUCUCUGCUACGCAGUUAUUGCGCCUGUGAUUAUCCCAUUUGGAGUGCUUUACUUUGCCUUGGGUUGGCUUAUUCUCCGGAAUCAGGCACUCAAAGUUUAUGUUCCAGCAUAUGAGAGCUACGGAAAAAUGUGGCCUCACAUGCAUACACGAGUCAUCAGUGCCCUGCUGUUAUACCAAGCUACUAUGUUGGGUUACUUUGGGGUGGUGAAAUUCUACUAUACUCCCAUCCUAAUUCCACUUCCCAUAUUGUCUCUGAUCUUCGCCUAUGUCUGUAGACAGAAAUUCUAUAAGGCUUUUUGUCACACAGCUCUGGAAGUUGCUUGCCAAGAAUUAAAGGAAACUCCUCAGAUGGAACAGAUAUUCAAAUCCUAUAUCCCACCAAGCUUGUGUUCUGAGAAGCAAGAAGAUGAACAGUUUGAAGAUGCUUUGUCUCAAGUUUCAAGAACAGGAUCAUUUGUUUGAUGUAUAUUUUCUGUAUUUCCACUGAGUUAACCUGGUAUUUAUUGUCUCAAAAGGCACAACUCUUCUGAAACAUAGUCUGUUGAUAAUAUGCUUUAGGGAACCAUGCUGUUAGAGUGUUUGCUUGUAACAUAAUCAUGUCCGUCCAAUCGUUGGCUUGAAUUUCUUUACUUGGAAUUUCUUUUCUUUCAGCUUGGAUGGGCUCGAAUUGCAACCCCAUCGACUGCAAUUUUAUCAGCUUCCUCCAUUUUUACUUA